AAUGACUUUUGCUGCGGUUUCUUAUCUUUUCCUGCAUCUGAUAUUCACCACACAUUGCUGUGGCAUCAUCCAUCGAGGGUGUCCCUGAAUUCAUCAGGAGCCUAUCUCGGUGUUCAUCUCGUCGUUCAUCUCGUCCUGCACUCGAGUGUCACACGUCCUGUCCCUCUCCUCUCUUCACAUCCCCGCCACCAUGGAUGACCUUGAUCUCCCUCCCAUGCCUUCUUCUGCUCGCAAGAGCGCUGAACCACAAUCUGCCCACCUUUCUUCGGCCUUUCUCCGCAAGAGAUCUCGUGCCAACUAUGACGAUGACGAUGUCGGGACUUCCAGUGACCCGGCACUCUUCUCCAGCGACGAACAAGCCCCUGGUGCUGAGAACUAUGUCAUGGGCAAGCGAAAGAAACACACCUACCAGGGUUCUUGGUGGAGUCACCGUCAACGCACCGGCAACGGUAAAAAGCGUGAGUUCCGGAGAAAUUACGACUCGGGCAUAUUCAUGGGAAGUGAGACAAGUGAUGGCUCUCUUUCCAGUGACUCGUUCGGACUAGAAGAUGAGUUCCUGAGAGAUCAACAAACGACAAGGCCCAGAAGUCGGUUUUCUGUCAGCGAGUCCUCGCAAACAACCCCCAAGGCAAUCAAAAUCCAAACCCGCAUGCAAACAUCCACCAUACCACCAGAACACGAAACAGUCACGGAGAUUGUCACCCAAGCACUUGAGCUGGGCAAAGAAGAAGUCGAUCUAUCGUCCUUGUCUUUGUCGACUCUGCCAGACCAAGUUUCGGACCUGCGAACUCUUUGCAAACAAGCAGAGAUUGUCCCCGGCAUGCUUGACAUUGGCAGCAAUUUCGAAUCAAAACUACAACUGUACCUGGCUAGUAACCUGCUCACUCAGUUUCCUUCCCCUAUCCUCGACCUACAAAACCUCCGAGUACUUUCCCUUCGCAACAACAAUCUUACGAUAAUCCCUCCCACAAUUCGAGAAUUGGUCAACCUGGAAGUUUUGAAUGUCGCCAGCAACCAACUCCGAGAACUUCCUUUCGAGCUGAUCGAACUUGCAAGAUUCCACAACCUUUCUAAAAUCAUCUGCAACCCCAAUCCUUGGUAUCUUGACGAGGCGCAUUCGGCAGACGACCCACAAGCGCUUAACAUGCCAUGUGAGACGAUGUUUAUGCCUGAGUCCAAGUCGCCUGGCACGAUCCUGGUCCGUGCAAAAGUUCAAUCAUUGGCCCCUGGAGAUGUCAAAGAAGUACAGCAGUCAUCAGCGCCGUCUCUUACAGAACUUGUACUUCGACAGCUUUCCAAGACUGUUUCACGAUCACAACCGGACCUUAGCACGUUUAUGCCUUCCGACACGCCACAGAGUAUCCUUGAACCGUUGAGUUUGAUCCACUCUCAACCAGGCAGGCAAUGUACGCGAUGUCACCGAAACAUUGUCAUCCCCCACAGAGCAUGGUUGGAGUGGUGGAGCAUGGAAAAAGAGGAGCGGGAACCGUCCUCGUUCCGAAUGGAUUAUGUCCCAUUUCGACGAUUUCUAUGUUCCAAAAAUUGUCAUUCAAGUGAUAAUGAAUGGUGCAGAGAUACCCACGACGAAAGUCUGAAGUGAUGAUAAUCAAUCCAUUGCUUGGUACGAUGGGAGUCAAUUUGAACAAGCUACACAGCUGUGGUAUGAGAAAAGUAGGAUAUCUGUGAAAGGAGCAGCGGCAAUGAAUACGUGGGGCACAUUGGAAGGCAAAUGGUGUUAUCUCGUGCUUGAGCAGUCACAAGACAAGUUGAAACGUCAUGGUUCAACGAACUAAUAGUCCUUUAGGGAUAAUUGUGACAGAAUAUGAAAGCGUCUGCUCAAAGCGAUAACUUUUCGUAAGGAUGUUAUUCAUAGCCUCAUGACUUCAUGCCUCGAGGUACAGAAUGAGGUUGAGCUGGAAUUCUCCAACGUGGGAACCAUCCUCGGUCACUUCAAUGUGACAUUAACCCCGUCACCGAGGAUCUGAACUGAUCUCCCAUUUUCA